AAAGUACAUCAUGAGAAUGAUGUUGUGGAACAACAUAGGAAGAACAACUUCACCUUUCCUCAUUCCAAACCUUCUUCAUCUUCCUCAUGGGAACCCUUUUUCCUCCAAACUCCCUCUCUCCACUUCUCAACAUCAAACCUUCACCUUCUCUUCAACCCAAACCAAAUUCUGUCUUUUCCUGCAAACCCAUUGUUUCAUCUCUAAAAAAGAAUCAAACUUUAUCUCUAAAACCACCAUCCCUUCCUUCAUCGACUUCUUGGUUCACUCAUGCUCAACAGGGUCUUGCAGCUUUAGCUAUCACCUUAGCACUUAACUUCAGCCCAGUUCUGCAUAGUGGCAAUGCAUUAGCGUCUGAAUUUGAUGUGAUCAAUGAGAGGCCAGCCAAAGAUUCAUAUCUGGUGGAUGACGCUGGAGUUCUUAGUAGGGUGACCAAGUCUGAUUUGAAACGGUUGUUGUCUGAUUUGGAAUCAAGGAAGAAUUUUCACAUCAAUUUUAUUACACUCAGAAAACUCACGAGUAAAGCUGAUGCUUUUGAGUUCGCUGACCAAAUUUUGGAGCGUUGGUAUCCUUCUGUGGAAGAGGGAAACGAUAAGGGCAUUGUGGUUCUUGUAACAAGUCAGAAAGAAGGAGCUGUUACCGGUGGACCUGCUUUUGUUCAAGCCGUUGGAGAAAAAAUCCUCGAUGCUACCGUUUCAGAGAACCUUCCAGUAUUGGCUACGGAUGAGAAGUACAAUGAAGCGAUUUAUAGCACAGCUAAAAGGCUAGUUGCUGCCAUUGAUGGGCUUCCAGAUCCUGGUGGACCCUUAGUUAAAGACGACAAACGCGAGUCUAACUUCAAAUCAAAGCAAGAGACAGAAGAGAAGCGCGGACAAUUCUCUCUUGUGGUUGGAGGUUUGUUGGUCAUUGCAUUUGUUGUUCCUAUGGUACAAUACUAUGCUUAUAUAGCGAAAAAAUAAGAGAAUAAUCGCCACACAACUAGAUCUGUCUUCCUAGUUAUCAAUCUUUGAAUUCAGAUUUAUAAUGUGCAGCUGUAAGCCUGUAAACGAGCUCAUGUUAAGAUUGAGUUUGAGAAAAAUGAUAAAUAAGAUCAGAUUUUUUUUUA